AUGUCGCUCACAUCACUCAUUUCAACAACAAAUUUGAUCGUGAUUAUCCAACUAUUAAUAAUAACAUAUGUGGCAAGAUUCUAUUACAAAUACUUUACCCGUCAGUCGCCCCUUCCCGGUCCAUUCCCGCUCCCGUUAGUUGGUAAUUUAUUUCAAUUCGGAUUAAAUCCAGCAAAAUACGCAAUGGAUCAUCAACAUGAUUACGAUAGCAUGUUUGAAAUUUGGAUCGGAAGCAAUCGAUUUAUUUUUCUUUCUCAUCGCUCGUUAAUCGAAAAGGUCUAUGCUUCGAACGUAGAUAAUAAUCAUUUCUUUGCAAGACCUCAAAUACCAUAUUUAGAAAAGCUUGGAUUACAGCAUGGUUUAAUAUUUAAUAAUAAUUAUCCGAUCUGGAAACGAAAUAGGAAAUUCGUUGCACAUUCAUUAAUGUCACCUAGAUUCCUUAGACAAUUCACUUUACUUGCACAAUCAUUAUUUAAUGAAAAUGAAAGUUACUGGGAUAAGAAAGAAUAUCACAUUGAUUUCGCUAAAUGGAUAAAACAUUUUACAACCGAUAUCACCUUACGAACCACCACACGUAGGCCUUCAUAUUGUCUUAAUGCAUACUUGUUCGGUGAAGAUCACGAUCCCAUCAAAUCCGAGGAGACUAAAAAAUCUGUUAAAUUCAGUCAAGCGGUUCAAACUUUUUUAAAAGGUUUGAUAUUUGAACGAUUCGUCCCUAAUGUGUUUAAACAUUACUUUCCAGGAUUCUAUAAUUUGAAUAAGAUGUACGCAAAGAAUAUUGAUUGGUUAAAUGAGACCAUUUCUGAUAUUGUCAUGAAAAGAAGAAUGGAAAUUGAGAAUAAUGAUGAGGUAGGCUCGGAUUUGAUAGAUGUCCUAUUGACGAUAAACACACCACGUGAUCCGAACGGAUAUGAUGAUAGUGAAACACCAAUGAGUGAUCCAGAAGUUCGUGCUACCAUCUUGGAAGUCAGCAUUGCCGGUAUAGAUACAACCGGAAAUACAUUCUGUUUCGUAGUUUGGCAAUUAGCUCAUCAUCCUAAUGUUGUUGCACGUUUCCGGGAAGAAAUAAAAGAAAUCCUAGGAGAUGACACAACACGACAGAUAAUCUUUGAAGAUUUAGAAAAAUUCGCAUACCUUGACGCUAUUAUUAAAGAAUCUCAACGAGUCAUUCCACUUGUACCAUUUACGACACGUAAAUCCAUAGUGGACGUUGAUAUUGGAGGAAAGAGUUGGGGUUCUAAUACAUCUUUCUUUAUUCAUCAUGAACAAAUUCAUAGAUCGUCUGAUUGUUGGAAAGAUCCCGAUCAAUUUAUUCCAGAAAGAUUUUUAAAAGGAUCUGAUCAUGAAAUCACAAAGUAUAGUUUCAUUCCUUUCGGAGGUGGAAUAAGAAUUUGCCCGGGAAGAAAUAUGGCUAUAGUAGAAUUGAAAACUUUGUUAAUUUUAUUGUAUAGAAAGUAUGACAUUGAAUUGGUUGAUAAGGUCUCGAAGAAACCAAAAACCGUAUUUGUUGGAUCCAAUAUUUGCACUGAUUUGAAAGUCAUUGCACGCCCUAGAAAUUAUAAUAAUAUAUAA